CCUAGCGUAAUACUGGAACGGAGAGAGGGAGAGAACGUCGUCCGUUCUGGAGUCGAUUACUCUGUUUCACUCUGAUAAGCUCGUAUAAGUUCGCAGAUAUACAAGUUCUCGGGAUAUUUUAUGACACGCGCCGCUUAUGAAACGACCCUGCGUGUAGCCGGACUGGCCGCGUGUCGGCCUCUCUCCGCGCUGCUGACGGACUCAGCCAGACAGUAAUAAUGUGGUUAGUGUCGCCUUCAGAAACUUAGUGCGGCUGUUGACGACGAAACGAAACCGAAACUGGCUGUGAAAGGUGGAGCUGUCGGUGCUGAGGGGUCCUCGGAGGUGUUGCUGCGCUGUGAGCCCCUGUUUGAGGAUUUGAGGAUCUGAGGAUUUCAGGAUGGGUCUGAGUGAAGAAGGCAGCCCCUCGGCAGAUGUGAGGUGUAUUCUGUGUAAUCUGGCGGACGAGAACGAAACCACGGGACCUCUGUCGUCUAAAGGAGGAAUCUCAGCUCAUCAGAACUGCCUGAUAUAUUCGUCUGGGAUCUACUGCAGGAAUUCUCCAUCCUUUGAUGACUUGUUUGGCUUUGAUGUAAAUGACGUGAGACAGGAAUACAUCAGAGGAAGAAAACUAAAAUGCCACCUCUGUGGGGAAAAGGGAGCUACAGCAGGAUGUGAGAUGCGCCGAUGUAAGCGCUCUUACCAUUACCCAUGUGCCAUAGAGGACCAUGCGAGAGCUGUGGAGAAAAUGUCCAAAGGGUUCUUCACACUGUACUGUGUAAAGCAUGAUCCAAAGCGCACCAAAACUCCUGAGAGGCUGCACGGUUUGGUGAAUGAAUCAUCUCGUUCUAGUGCUGGAUCUAACGGCUCAAAGAGACCCAGGCUAGACAGCAGUUAUGCAGGAACAUCAUCUGAGAGCGAUUCCAGCACAAAUAUAAGGUCCCGAAGCAGGAAAAGGAAGUCUGAGGUGGUUAUCUCUGACUCUGACGAACCUAAUGACGUUGACCCCACGUUUGGACGAAUAGAAUUAGAUCCGGAAGAAAUCACCCCUCCGAAACAGCAUGGGCAGUCGACUCCUGUCCCUGAAGAUGAGAGGGACAAGGAGGAGCCCAGAGCAGAUACCUCAGGAGUUUCUUUUGCUAGUGUUGAUGAUGAUGAAACAGACGUGGAGGAGGGUGCCAAGUCUCCAAGUUUGUUACAAACAGAGUACCGGCAUGAGAAUGUGUCAUUCAAUGUUAUCAUGGACUCGGGACCUUCCCUUGAAUCGGAAAACAGUAUCAGCCCCUAUUCCCCUUCUUUUGUGCCUGGUGGUGGUGGUGCUGCUGCUGCUGCUGCUGUGUGUAAUGGCAAUGGACUUCUAUUGGCCCCUGAGAAUGCAGCUCCCAUCCAUGAUGCUACCACCAUAGCAAUAAUACACACACCUCCAGAAAGCUGCCCCUUUCUUGACUCCCCUCCACCAGGUGUUGUCGCUGCUGCUGAGUCUGCAGGGUCACCCAACCAGUCCAGUCCCACUGCACCCUCAUGUGAAGAUCCAGGUGAGCAAACUGCUCAUCCCGCAUGCCAGGACCCACCAGACACAUUACACGGCCCACCAGAAUGCAAGACCACACCCACUGAUCGCCCCUUAGAUCUCACUGCACCACCAGGGGGCUCCACCAUGUCCCCACACCCCAAUGAAGGCACAGAGGAAGUAAGCAUAUCAGAAACUGGUGCUGCCGUCUUCUGGAGGAGGUGUAAUGAGGUAGGCUGCACGGAGGCCAUAUUCACAGAGGUCACACGUCAGAUCAGCAGCUUGGCGGAGAAGGUGCAGGGUCAGCAUGCUACACAGCAGGAUCAUGCUGUCGCUCUGAGGAUACUGGAAGCAUCUGGGAAGCUCCCUACAAUAUUCAAACAACUGGAGCAAGAUUUUGAGGAACGAGAUAGGGAGCUGCAGAGGAAGAGAGAGGCGCUGAGGGACGCCAGAGCCGUGCUGAAUCAUCUCAGCUGACAUAAUCAUUUUACAGUGUAACCCCAGCUGUUUAUAGACAAUAUUCAGUGCAAUCUCCCCAGCUGUGGAAAAACUGUCCUCUGUACAUAAUAAUGAACCUUCGUUUGGAUAUUGUAAUAAUCAUCUCAGGCCUAGAGACAAUUGUUUCACAUCAAAUAGAAUAGUCAUUUAUAAUUACGAUCAAUAUUUAGUGUGAUAUGUUAAAUCCAUGAUAAAUUUAAAACCAUACUUUGAGCUUGGAUCGCACUGAUGCCAUGUAUGUUGCACACAUUGAUUUGUCAUGCAUGCAGUGGGAUGUACCCAUCACUGUGGACUGCUUCCUGUCAUUUUCUGGGUUUUUUUUUAUUUUCUUGGGCUUUUUAUUUUCUAUUUAAAAAUUGUUAUUUGGUUGGUGGGUCUUUCUCAGCACUGUGACAUGGUAGAGUCAGCAGUGGAAGGUAACAAAUUACAUUUCCUCUGCUGAAUGUGCAUGAUUAAGGAAUAAAACUGAUAGUUUGAGUCCCAAAAUC